AUGGUGAAAAAAACUGUCAAGGCAAAGGCGACGCCUAAGAAGGACACCACCGCUACAGCCAAGAAUACCUCUACCUCUGAGAGAGUCACAAGAUCCAUGAAAUCUUCCCAGACCAAGCGCAAGGUAGAGGAGGUAGAAGAAGAAGACGAAGAAGAAGAAGAACGUGCUCUUGGAAGAACUAGCACACGCGACACGGAUGAACUGAGCAUUCCUAGUCUUGUUUUUGACGAGGAUGAAAGCGAAGAUGAAGAGGAAGAAACUGCUAUAGAUGCUCCUCCUGUGGACGAUUCUGAUGAUAACUCUGACGCGGAGCUUGAGAAACUUAUUCGCGAAGAAGAGGGCGAUAUUGAAGACUCAGAUGAAGAAGAAGAAGAAGAAGAAGAAGACUCUGACGCACAUGCAUUUUCAGACGACGAAGAAGAGCAAGAUUAUACACCAGACCCUCGUAGACUUAAGGCCAUGGGUAUUGAGGUCCGUGAUCCUGAGGCAAACGGCAAAUACUCACGGUUUAAGGACCGCGACAAUGUGACAUGGACUACCGGUGCUGACAAAAAACCGCGACCACUGCUUCCUGAAAUUGUACCUGUUUACGACUCAGAUGACACGGACAAUGAAGAUGUUAAUACGAUUGGCAAUGUGCCUCUUUCUGCCUAUGAUACCAUGCCUCAUAUUGGCUACGACAUUGACGGCAAACGUAUCAUGCGUCCGGCCAACAAAAGCGCUAUUGAUUCACUUCUUGAGUCUAUUGAUCUUCCUACAGGCUGGACUGGCUUAAUCGACAAGGAUACCGGUGGUUCUCUUAACCUUUCUAAGGAAGAAUUGGAGAUUAUCAAGCGUAUCCAGCGUGGUGAAAACCCUGACGACUCUGUUAACCCUUAUGAGGAUUACGUGGACUGGUUCACCCACGAAAAAACAAUCACACCUUUGGAGGCUCGUCCUGAACCCAAGCGCCGUUUUGUGCCAUCAAAGCAUGAGGCCAAGCGUGUUAUGAAGAUUGUUCGUGCCAUUCGUGAGGGCAAACUUGUUCUCAAGAAGGCUCCCAAGUUUGGCGAGGAAGCCAAUGAGGAUGAGGAUUUCCAAGCCUACGACAUUUGGGCUGAAAAUGAAAAUGAACAGGUCCGUGUUCGUGAAGAUCACUUACCAGCUCCGAAACUCCCCCCACCUACAAAUGACGAAUCUUACAACCCUCCUGAGGAAUACCUGCCUGAUGAUGAAGAACGUGCUGAAUGGGAACGUACAGCUCCUGAGGACCGUGAACGUAAUUUCUUGCCCAAGAAAUAUGACUCUCUGCGCAAGGUUGCGGGCUACGGCAAUGCUGUUCGCGAGCGUUACGAACGUAAUCUCGAUCUGUAUUUGGCCCCGCGUGCUCGCAGACCCAAGGUAGACAUUGACCCUGAAUCUCUUAUUCCUGAACUGCCUUCACCCAAGGAUCUUAGACCGUUUCCUAUCAAGUGUUCUAUCAUUUACGCAGGCCAUAAGGGUCGUGUUCGUGCAGUUAGCAUUGACCCUACUGGCCAAUACUUGGCCACUGGCGGUGAUGAUGGUACUGUUCGCAUUUGGGAAGUUAUGACUGGUCGUGAGUUGUGGCGUGUGAAUGUUGUUAAGAAUGAUAACCAUGAUGAUGAGGAGGAAAACAAUGAUGAAGAGGAAAGCAGUGAUGAGGAGAAGGACCGCAGUCAGGAUGAUCAUGUGGAUGCAGUUCAAUGGAAUCCUAACGCGGAAAGUGGCAUUUUGGCAGUGGCUGCAGGUGAAAGCAUAUACCUGUUGGUGCCGCCAUUGUUUGAUAUUGAAAAGGAGAAUAAGGGCCGUGAGUUGAUUGAGGCCGGUUGGGGUUAUGCUACAGGUGGACAUUUGCGCAAGACCAAGGAAGAAAAAUUUAAUGCAGAGGGCGAGGAUGGAGAAGAAGAUGGAGAUGCCGAGUAUGUUAAGAAGAAGGAGGUUGCCAAAUGGUCCAAGGCUGGAGCCAAAUUGGUUGAUAAUGGUGUGGGGGCAAUUGUGCGAUGCAAAAAGCCUGUCAAGAAACUUUCUUGGCACCGCCGGGGCGAUUACUUUGUGACGGUAUCGCCUAAGGCCCAGAACCUUGCAGUUCUUGUGCACCAGCUGUCGAAGCACAGCUCGCAGUCGCCGUUUAAGCGGUCCAAGGGCAUUGUGCAGGACGCCAUGUUCCACCCGACCAAGCCGCAACUUUUUGUUGCUACACAGCGUUAUAUUCGUGUGUAUGACUUGCAGGCUCAGAUUCUUACCAAGAAGCUGUUGCCCGGUGUGACCUGGCUCAGUUCUAUUGAUGUUCACCCUCUUGGUGACAAUGUUAUCACGUCGUCUUACGAUAAGCGUGUGACUUGGCAUGAUUUGGAUUUGUCGGCACGGCCGUACAAGACUCUUCGUUACCAUGAAAAGGCCAUUCGUCAGGUUGCAUUUCAUAAGGGUGGUCUGCCGCUGUUUUGUUCAGCUUCGGAUGAUGGCUCCAUUAAUGUGUAUCAUGGCACUGUUUAUGAUGAUUUGAUGAAGAAUCCUUUGCUUGUGCCAUUGAAGAUCUUAAAGGGCCAUGAAGUUAAGAGCUCUUUGGGUGUUUUGUCUGUUGUCUGGCAUCCCAAGGAAGCUUGGCUGUUUAGUGUUGGUGCUGAUGGAACUGCCAGAAUGUGGACCACCUAA